AUGGUGCAAAUGCUGCGGGUUAUGAAUGCUACCAGUGCAGGAGUCAACCCUGUUGGAGAUUCUUCUAAUAGCAGCAGUCACUGGGACCUUGGAAGUGCCUUUUUCUUUGCAGGAACUGUCAUUACUACUAUAGGUUAUGGAAAUAUUGCCCCAAGCACAGAAGGCGGAAAAAUUUUCUGUAUUUUGUAUGCCAUCUUUGGAAUCCCACUUUUUGGCUUUCUGCUAGCUGGCAUAGGUGACCAGCUUGGAACCAUCUUUGGGAAGGGCAUUGCACGAGUUGAAAAGGUCUUUCGGAAGAAACAAGUGAGUCAAACAAAGAUUCGAGUGAUCUCUACCAUUCUUUUCAUCCUGGCCGGAUGCAUUGUUUUUGUCACCAUUCCAGCUGUCAGUUUCAAAUAUAUUGAAGAAUGGUCAGUCCUGGACUCUUUCUAUUUUGUCGUCGUCACUCUGACCACAGUUGGCUUUGGGGAUUUUGUGGCAGGAGGAAAUGCGGACAUCUCUUACCGGGAGUGGUACAAACCCUUGGUAUGGUUCUGGAUCCUCGUGGGCCUUGCAUAUUUUGCUGCUGUCCUCAGUAUGAUUGGAGACUGGCUGCGGGUUCUUUCAAAGAAGACUAAAGAGGAGGUUGGUGAAAUAAAAGCCCAUGCAGCGGAAUGGAAAGCCAAUGUGACAGCAGAGUUCAGGGAAACACGGCGGCGGUUGAGUGUGGAGAUCCAUGACAAACUUCAGAGAGCAGCCACCAUUCGGAGCAUGGAGCGCAGGCGUUUAGGUCUGGACCAGAGAGCCCACUCCCUCGAUAUGCUGUCUCCAGAGAAACGUUGUGUCUUUGCUGCCUUGGGCAACAGCCAUUUCAAGGCAUCAUCUCAGGAAAGCAUCAACAACAAGCCUAACAAUCUGCGCCUUAAAGGAUCCGAGCAAUUGAGCAAACAUGGGCAGGGGGCGUCUGAGGACAACAUCAUCAACAAGUUUGGUUCUUCAUCCAAGCUGACCAAAAGGAAAAACAAAGACCUGAAAAAAAGUAUCCCGGAAGAUGUGAGAAAAAUCUACGAGACCUUGCGGCACUACUCCUUAGAUGAGGAGGAGAAGAAGGAGGAGGAGGAGGAGGAGGACUUGGAGAAGGUGUGUCACUCGGCACACUCUAGUACUGCCAUUCUUACCAAUUGUAUUGAACAACACAUGGACCUGGAGAAUGGCAUACUCCCCACUGAAACCAAAGAAAGGGAACAUGAAAAUAAAUCAUUACUUGAAGACAGGAAUUAA